AUGACGACGAGGACAGAGAGAUUCCAGCGCAAGCCGAAGGGGAAGCAAGAUGAGGUCCCAGAGGAACCGGAGGAGGUGAUCAGAUUUCCUCCAGAGAAGGAAGCGUCCCUCCUUCAAGAGUCAAACGCGCAGAAGGCAACAGCAAACGAGCUGUUUGCCAAGGCUUCAUUUCAAGAUGCCAUAGAAACGUACGAUAAAGCUUUGUCGACGUGUCCGAAUUACCUGGAUUACGAGAUUGCGGUGCUGAGGAGCAAUAUUGCGGCAUGUCAUUUGAAGCUUGAGGAUUGGAAGGAGGCGGUCAAGGCAGCUACUGCGGCACUGGAUGGCUUGGACAAGCUACAAGGGAGGACGGCAAAGAUGAAGGAGGUAGAUGAAGAGGGGUUGAAGGCUGUAGAGGAGGUGGAUGAGGAGAUCAUUUCUGACGGGGCUACGAAAGCUGAGGAUACUUCGGACAUGGGCAAACGAGAAGCUGAUAUUGAGAGGAUACGAUGCAAAGCUCUGAUGAGGAGAGCAAGGGCGAGGAGUGAGCUGGGCGGGUGGUCAAGCUUGCAAGCUGCUGAAGAAGAUUACAAGACUCUCUCUCGGAUGCCAAAUUUGCCGUCGGGAGAUAGAAAGAUUGUUCAGCAGCAGUUGGGCCAACUCCCGCCAAGAACGAAGGCAGCCCAGGAGAAGGAGAUGGGCGAUAUGAUGGGCAAGUUGAAGGAGCUUGGUAAUGGUAUUCUAAAGCCUUUUGGCCUGUCUACAGAUAAUUUCCAGAUGGUCAAGGACGAAAAGACGGGAGGGUACAGCAUGAACUUCAACCAAGGAGGCGGAGGGAGCAAAUGAAACCCCGGUUGCCAUCUCAUCAUUCUCAAUGCUCACGAAGAUCAAUCGACAGGAACCUUCAACACAGUUAUCGGGUUCUGAGUAGUGAUCGCUUGACAGACUGCUCCUUUCUCGAGCAUCGUCGGGCUGGUUUCUCCUGCCUGCAUUGCAACGUCCUUUCCCCAACUUGCGCAGUUGCGACUUCCUUCUUUCGGACCCCCGCACAAUUCAAAUUGAAUUAAUUCCCAACACGUUCUUUUCCCUUAUU